AUCUCUGUACUGGCUCAUAAAACAAGGCAGUCAUCGGGCCAUUCGUCUGUGUUUGUUUGUUGUUCAGCAGUUUUAGGGUGUUAGACCCGAAGGUUGCUCUCUCGAUUCAGCAGCACUCGAGUUUGUCACUUAUCGAUUAUAUUUAUUGCAGCGCUGUAGACUUUUAUAAAGAGGGAAACAAAGCUGUCAUCACAGCGCUUCCUGGUUUUUUUAUUACAUCGGUGUCGCAACCAAACAGAACACAACAGCUGCGAAUGCAAACUUGGUUAUUGCGUGAUAGCUGACUAGUUAACUAAGCAACUAGAGGUUUUAGAAAAAAGCAAUUUGGAUGGUUUAUUUGUGUAACUUAUUUUUCAACUAUUGGACUGAAACAUUGUUUUGAAUCCCUUUCGGCGAGCUGACUUCGCUGUUGAGCAGAACAAUGCGCUUCGCACCUAUCCCCUGCGCCGUGGGGUUGCUGUAUUGUGUUCUGGUGUUGUGCUCGCUACCGUUGGGGACCUCGUUCCCCGUGCAGGACGAGGGGAAACCGGGCAUAACGUUUCUGGAAGAGGUCGGGCGUCUCCGGGUCGGGUUCAACUGGCGGAACCUGACCUGUCCGGUGUGCAAAGUCCUCUUCACCAUCCUGGAUGUCGCUCUGCUGAGUGACGUUAAUGAGGAACGUGUUGCGCGGGCUGUGGGUGAGGCCUGUAUCCGUCUCCACCUGGCUGAAGAGCGGGUCUGUCGUCAAAUCACAGAGCUGUUCAGAGAUGACUUCAUCAGGGCCUUGCAACAGUCUCUGUUGUGGCCGUCUGAGGCCUGUGCCCUGCUGGUUGGGAGGUCAUGCGGACGCUUCGAUAUCUAUGCCCCCUGGAACGUAACCCUACCCCGGAUCCCCAAACCCCCAGUCACCCCGCCCUCACCCCCCAAGCCUGGAGCACCACAGAGCAGGGUCCUCUUCCUCACAGACAUACACUGGGAUCAGGACUAUGCAGUGGGCAGCUCUGCUGACUGUAAGGACCCGCUGUGCUGUCGUAAUGAGUCUGGAUCUCCCAGCUGGAAUCAGAGAGCCGCUGGGUUCUGGGGCUCCUACAGUAAAUGUGACCUGCCCCUGAGAACUGUGGAGAACAUGUUGGAGAACGCAGCGCGAACCGGACCGUGGGACUGGGUCUACUGGACAGGAGACAUACCUGCUCAUAACAUCUGGUCUCAAACCAGGAAGCAGCAACUGUCUGAACUCACCGUAAUCACCAGACUGAUACACAGACACCUAGGUAACUUGAAGGUGUACCCGGCGAUCGGUAACCAUGAGAGCACCCCGGUCAACAGUUUCCCCCCGCCGUUCGUCCAUGGCAACCGGUCGUCACGCUGGCUCUAUGACACCAUGGCCGAGGAGUGGGCGCCAUGGUUACCAGAACAGGCCCUGAAGACUCUUAGGCAUGGUGGGUUCUACACGGUAGAGGUCCAGCCAGGUCUUCGAGUGGUGUCUCUGAACAUGAACUUCUGUGCCAGGGAAAAUUACUGGCUGAUGGUCAACUCUACUGACCCUGCUAACCAGCUCCAGUGGCUGAUCCACAUACUACAGGCCAGUGAAGAGAAGGGAGAGAGGGUCCACAUCAUCGGUCACAUCCCCCCUGGUCUCUGUUUGAGCAGCUGGAGUUGGAACUACUACCACAUCAUCAACCGGUAUGAGGGUACGAUCACGGGUCAGUUCUUCGGCCACACGCACAUGGAUGAGUUUCAGAUGUUUUAUGAUGAGGCGACGAUGACUAGGGCUGUGGGCGUGGCCUUCAUCGCUCCCUCCAUCACCACCUAUGUCAACCUCAACCCAGGUUACCGGGUCUACCUGGUCGACGGUAACUACAAGGGCAGUUCCCGGUUUGUUCUGGACCACGAGACUUAUAUCUUAAACCUUACAGAGGCUAACCGACAGCCUGAAGGGGGGGUCUCCUCCCUGCUCCCCACCACCUCACAACACGCCAUCUUCCACCCUGACCCAAACCCCAAAUGGACCCUCCUCUACCGUGCUUCCGACGCCUACGGCGUCUCAUCCCUGUUCCCGUCGGACUGGGACGGGCUGAUCAGGACCUUCCUCCAGGACGACCGUGUGUUUCAGCGGUUCUGGUACCUCAGACAUAAAGGCCAUGUGUCAGAGCCCUGUAUAGACGCCUGCAAGACAACCGUUGUCUGUUUCCUACGUUCAGGCAGAUAUGACGAGCUGGAGCAGUGUGACCUGUUGGAGUUCGGUGGAGAUAUGGUUUCAGCUGUUAGGAAGACACUAUGUUGAAUAGAGAUUGGGGGGGGUCAAGACAUUGAAUGUGAUUCUGGGUAAGUGAAAUGUCAUGGAACACAGGUUGAACCAAAAGAACCAGACCAUCAACCAGUCUGUCCAAUCAGUAUCUGUGUUGUCAGAGGACAUUUACUGCUAGUGAAUGUCAAAAUAAUGGGAAGGGGGGAA